GACAGAGUAAGACCCCAGUAAUAAGAUCUCACCAAUCCUUGGCUGAAUGUCCUGGCAGUCCUGUGAAGCUGAAGAGGGUCGCUGCAGAGUUCCAGCAGAUUUGGCACCUUUAAGGGGAUUUGAGGGUAACCUGUGCAGUGCUGGACGUGGGGCUCAGCGUGGAAGAAGCUGCCGUGCUGAGGCUCCAGGUGCUGCCUUGGCAGAUGCUCUUUGGCAGCCGUUGGUGAGACAUCUGUGCCGGGACGGGGAAGAACUUCCUGAGGUGAAGCCAUCCCUUCCAGCAGGAGGUGACCGUGGGUGGAGAAGGGGACCUGGCACAAACCCCUCCAUCACUGACUCCACCACCAUGGCCCGGCCGUGGCUCCAUCUCUGCAUCUGCCUCCAGAUCCCAGGCUUCUGUAGAAACCUACUCUUAUCCCAAACUCCAGAGCAUAUUUUAGCCCAAACUAACAAUAAAACAGAAAUCCUCUGUGAGCUGAAGAAGGAGCACACCGGGCUGUACUGGUACCGCUGGAGCCAGGAGAGGCAAAUCUUUGAGUUCCUGGUGUUUUCCAACGCAUUGGGCAAAACCACAUAUGGUGCAAACAUCAGCCAGAACAAGUUUAGUGUCCAUAGGGCGAGUGUCCACAACUCCUACAGCCUGCACAUCAGCCACCUCCAUGCCUUGGACAAUGGCAUCUAUUACUGCUCCGUCUCCCAGUCCUCCCAACUCUUCCUGGGCAGUGGGACACAGCUCAGUGUGGUUGAUGUUUUGCCUCUGCCUUCAAAGACCACUCAGGCACCAGUCUCCAAAAAGCCCGUACGGUGCAUAACCAAAUGCAAAGCUGCCAGCAAGAAAGGUCCCUGCAGCCCCCUGAUCUGGAUCCCUCUGGCCGCUGGUGCCCUGCUCCUCCUCCUGACCCUGAUCUCCAUCGCCCACCGUCUCCACCGUCUGCGACGAAGGCUGUGGCUUCGCAUCCACCGGCAGUAAAUCCCAGCGGCUCCCCCUGCCUUGGACGGGCAGGGAGAAGCUAUAGACCCUCCCCUGCACGAUGCUGAGCAUUGCCUGGACAUGACCCAGAAAGAACAUUACAGGGGACAGACAUGGGCUUGUACCACAAAAGAGACACUUCUUUCCUGCAACAGACCAUGACUUUAACGUUUUCAUCGGCACAACGUCUGGUGAAAGGACCUGUCUGGAUUCUUCAGCAUCCUGAGCACUUUUCGCAGGGGACUGAGCAGGGCAAAUGGCAUAACUGGGUCUGCAUAGGGGGACGGGGGCUGGUGUACCAAAGGGAUUCAGAUGGGGUGGGAAGGUACUGUGAGCUUUUGGGUUGCUCCCGCUAGUGCUGAUUGAUAAGACUUUGGUAACGAACUCUUUGAGAGCAACCAGCAGGGAUGGGGCGGAGGCAGAACCCUGCAUAGAUUGUAAAGACCCUGUGCAGGAAUGUUCAAUAGCAAAAGUGAAUAUAUCACUCUGCCAUUUUGCUCUGGUGUCUUGUGGCCCUGCUUGGUGAGAGACACAGUUGUGCAGCAAGGAACCAUGGCCUCUGCCCAAGAACGAGUUAAAGCAGCUCCAGGGGGUAGCAGAUCUGGGAGGGUGUUUUCUCCCACGGGAGACUGCAAACAGCCAAGAGUGGGAGAGGAGAGCCAGACAAAGCCAUGUACACAAGGCCAAACAUCUAGUGCAGCCUGAAGGUCGACACCACCUGUGAGAGCAAACAGAGGCAGCCAGGGGCUGGCCCUGAGCCCAGGCGCUGACCCUGAGCCCAGCAGCAUGGCACAGCCAUCAGGAACUGCCCCGAGUGAUGUCUGUGUGUGCUGAGCCCCCAGCAAUAUCCAUCUAUGCUGACCCCAGCCCUGCUGAGCCCUGAGUCCAUGUGUGCUGAGUCCUGAACAGCACCCGUGUGUGCUGAGCCCAAGCAAUGCCCACAUGUGCUGAGCCCUGAGUGAUGCCAGAAUCAGGGGAGGUCGCCCCAGGGAUGUUAGCAAGGCUCAGAUGCUGACUAGGGCUCCAAGGCGGAUGUGGGGCUGGAAAUUUGGCAUCUUUCUGAGCACAGGCAGUGGGCACUUGCUCUCAGCUGCACCCCCAGCCCCACAUCUGCUCAAACACAGGCACCAGCACAAGGCUGUGUCAGCUACACAGUGAGGGCAAGGGGAAGGUGGUCCAGACACCUCCUGUCCCCAGUGUGGGUGGGAAGGCCAACAGCUAAUUUUAAUAUUGGAGAAGCAGCAGGAAUCUCCUGUCCUGCAUGUUGCAUGUGUCCUUACAGCUGCCCACAAGCCAAGGGCUGGUGUGACUCUAGAGUGCCCAGGGCUGGGGCUGACAGUCUUGGGACAAGCUUGUGGGUGUAAAGCAUCACAGUGGAAGAGCAGCAUCCCCUCCCCUCCCACCCAGCCACCUGGAGCUGCCACUUUCCACUUUAAUCAUGAUUUUGCUGGAUAGCUUGGUCUCAAGCCUGUCUGUGGAUGCUUGCCCCACAUGAUGCAGCAAUAAAGCCAGCAGUGGACCAUGCUGAGCCAGCUUUCCCAGGCUGUGACGCUCACCCAAGCUCUCAGACCACCCAGAUGAUGGACACAGGGGACAUUGGCCCCAGACCCCAUCCCACCACAGAUGCUGCAGGGAGGGGGCUCUGAGCAUCUCUGAUUCCAGUACAUCAGAGUUUGUCCUCUGUGAGAGCUCAGAUGAACUAAACCCAUCAUUUCCUACCCUGAAAGUAGUGCACAGAGCUUCACCCCAGCAGCAGAUGGUUUUUCUGAUACGUAUUUUUUACAAGAGAGCUGUAAGAAAACCCCUUUGAAACUUCCCACGGGUAAAGGUUUAUUCUUUCAAAAACAGGGUUUUUCCCUCUGCCUGCAGCUGCUUUUGAAAUCCCAGUUCAGUUUCCCACGCUUGAGGUGUCCUGACCCUUAAGUCUAUACCUUCCUCAGCUCUCCCACCUCUCAGCCAGCACAGGAGAUGGCCUCCCAUGGCCAAGCAGGCAGGGCUGGGUCUGGGCAGCAAAAGGCAGGCUGCACACCUCAAUCCUCCUCUCCCACAGGAAGGUGAGCAGCCUCAGGGGUAGCCCUGGCCAGUCCACUCCUCCUUCCACCAUCUCCCUGAUCAGGACAUCCCCACAAUGUCUGACCCUCGCUGGAACCCACCAAGACAGCACCAUGCUGUCUUGAUAGACUUCAGCCACUUAUCCCUAUUCCAGUAACACCUGCUCAAAGGAUAGGGAUUUACCCCUCAGCUCUCU